AUGGAGCAUUUUAUUGCGAUUUGUUGUUUUGGCGGAGAACCUUUUAUUGAUUUUCAUUUGAAUGGAACUUUUUCAAGAUUAGAUCCAACUGAUUGGUCAGCUGAUAUUAUAACUGGUAAGAAAAUUUGAAUAUGGGAAUUUUAUUUUUGAAUUCAUUAAAAACUUGUAGAAAAUUUCAGAGGUUUUAAGUUGAAGAUUCUAAAAAAAAGUCCCAUCAUCACACAAGUUCCAAUAAUCAUCAUUUGAUAUUUUCCAGAUUUCACCUCAAAUUCAUCUUCAUUGGCUGAAUUAAUCACUUCUGAAGGUGUCAAUCUUGGAGAAUGUGAAAUGUAUAACAUAACAUUUUCAAACUUUGCUGAUCAAUUUUUAUUUGACACUUAUAAAGCGAAUUUUCUAUGCAGGUUAGUUGUUGUUCUUAUCAAAAUGAUUAUUUAUUACGAUUUCAAAAUUUUAAAUUAUUUAUUUUUUCCAAAAUGUUUACCUUUUUUCUAUUUUGAAUAUUACACUUUUUCACUUCACAAUCUAAAAAGUUUAUCAAAAUGAAAUGAAAUGUUAUGUAAAUUUAACUCUCGAAACAACUGUUACUGAACGCUCUCCACUAAUCACACACUAUUUCAUAUUUCUCUCGGAUUUCGAGUUACAUCAAAAAUAUUUUAGUUUAUCACUGACUUUUGCCAUAUGUUUUUCAUUUGUUCCUUUCAACCAAAAAAUUUCAAUGGUUAAAAAAGAGCAUGGCAAUAUCCAAUUUCAUUGGAGGAGGAGGAGAGAAUUCAUUUUUCUCUCCAUUUUUUUUCGUUAUGUUGAAUUUUUUAUGAGUUUUUCGAGCUUUCCGAGCAUGAAAUUUAUAGGUUUUUUGUGUUGUGAUUUCAAAAAACCAAUAUGUUUUCCAAUUUUAUUUUUGAAUUCAAAUUUGUUUUGUAUAGUAAAUUAUAGGUUACAAUUGGUGUUACGAAAUGUUGAGCUUUUGAUUUUCACCGACAAUUUAAAAAAAGAAGUUUUUAGCCGUUUUUCAAAACAUGGUUCAAAAUCAUUAGAAAAACUUCAGUUCCUAUCUUUUUUUGAAAAAUAACUCUGCCCAACUUCAACCUAUAUUUUAUUACCAGCCCGAUUGUACAUGAAAAUGGGCGGAGUUAGUGCAAAAAACAAACAAAAAUUGUGAUUUUUUGCAGCUGUCCUCCAUCUCGAACUGGUAUAAGCUGUGAAUUCUCUGCGCCAACACAUUUACCAUUAACCGAUAUAUCUACAGUAACCCAAACUUCGUUACAGUAUCCAAUGAUUCUUAUUUUCGCGACUUUGUUUCUGGUAUUAUUAGCGGUUUUGAUGAUGGUAAGUUUUUUUUUGGAACUAAAAAAAAUCAAAAUAUAUUUUUAUUGUGAAUUUACACGUGAAAUCGAAAAAAAUCUUAUUUCUAAAAUAAAAAAAUUUAAUUUUUCUCAUUUAAUGGAUUUUAUUGUCAGAAAACUGUAUGUUGGGCGAGAAAAAACGUUUUGUUUGUAAUUUGAUCUGUCGCAUACAAAGGUACUCAAUGUGGGAAAAAAGGUUGAACUUCGAUUUCAAUUUUUUUCUCACACCAGCUUUUUCUUCAUCUAAAAAUAUGCACUUACUCAUCUUUUGUUUUAUCACUUUCUCCAAAAAUUGACUAUUCAAACAAAAAUUUUCCAAAAAAAAAAUUCGAAAAACCUCAUAAAAAUUCCUCUUAUCAAAAGUUCAUUCCGAUUUAUUGUUUUUUUUUUGUUGCAGAAUGAGCCAAAUUCUAUAAAAUGAAAUGAAAAAUGUUUGAAGAAUAGCUGGGAUGAAGAAGAAAAAGCAUGAAAAAAAAAGAAGAAGCACAUUUUUUAUUCUCUCUGCGUCUCAGUAUUUUCUCGACUACUUUUAAGCUUCGGCUCUUUUUUUGCUUCUUUUUUUCUGGGUGCCUUUUUUAGUAUCGACGUUUUUUUUUCGAAAUGUUUUUUCUUGAGUAUUUAUUUUUUCGAAUAUAAUUAGUGAAGUUGAAGAUUUCGAAAUGUUUGUUUUUUUUUUCAAAGUUUUACUGUAUUACUGUAGGCUACGGUUUCUUCUGAAAAUUUCCGAUACAUUUUUCUUUGAAGACAAUAAUAUUUCUAAGUCAAUUUUUUUCACUUUUCGUAUAGUUGAUAACACUAUUAAUUAUUCAGAUCCCCAUAGCAACGUUUAUCAGUUUUGUACUAAAAAUAUUCCAAAGUCAAAAGUAAUAUCCUAAAAUAGAUUAAUUUUUCCAUCCAUCUCUUUUCAUUUCAAAAAAAAAACUCUUCUGUUCAAACAAAAAUGUGGUUGGCUCUCGAAAUGAUAGCGUAAAGAGAUUAUAUGUCAAACAAACAUUGUAACUAUUUAGCUCACAACAUUGUUUACUUUGAGUUUUUCCUCGAAUUAGUUUGCCACUCAUUUUCCGGUUGAAACUUUUAUUUUUUCAGAUGUUGAAAGGUCUCUGGUGUGAUUGUUUUGGUCCAUGUUCACGUGAAGAUCCAUACGACAAACCAUUAGAUCCAGAAGAUGUUCGCAAAUGUUUGCAAAAAGUUCGAGAAAAUCAAGCAGCGAGGGUGAGUUUUUUGGGACGAUUUUUUUUUCUUACAGAUGAUUUCUAAUAUAUGUUCUAAAAUAAUUAAUUUUUUUUUGAAUUCUAUGAAUGGUUAUUCAAAGUGUAUAUCUAGUUUACUACCCAGAAUCUCAAUUCAAACGAAAUGUUUUUCUAAAUAAAAAGAAUGCGGGAAUUUUUUUCGCAUGAAAAGAAGUGAAAAAAAUGAGUGAUUGUUAAAGUUAUUAUUUUUUCUUCGCCUCUUAUCAACUAAGAUCCCUUUUUCACAUUUGAACCUUUUGAAAGUUACCUCCUUGCAGCUUUUGUCGUUUUUUGCAAUCAAGAAACAAGGCUUUCCAGAGAUUUAAAAUUAAAACAUAAACUUUAUUAAAUUUUGGUUUUUGCACGUGAUAAUAAAAAUCGUUUUUUUUUCAGGGAAUUCUUCCACCUGAACAACCAUUAAUCCAACAACAACAGCAACCUCGUCAACUUCCACCAACUGCUCCGCCACUUUCAACUCCUCCAUCAAUCAAUACUUCAUAUGCUGCACCAUAUACAAGUCAACCACGUCCACCAUCUCCGCCACCAGCAUAUUGUGAUAUUGAUCAACAUCCUGUUUCAAUUUCUCAACAAACGAGAAUCUAA